UACACCUUGAAAUCUCCGGUUACUAUCCAAUUGUAUCAUCUUUCACCAUCCUCUCAUUCACCAAAUUUUUGUAUGUAGUUCUAUUACGCCACUAUUUUCUUUGCUUUAUAUAAGAGGCGUACGAUCUUCUUCCAACUUCAUCGACAUCAAUAUAAGCUAGCUACGUAAUUCAAAUCCAAAACUACAUACUCAAACAAACAAAUUAAACCAAUGGUUCAACCUCAUCUACAACAAAAAAAUUACCAAAACAUGAAAGAAGCAGCAAUAUUAUCAAAUCAGGAGUUAAGUAAUGAUAAUAAAACACAAAAUAUGAUCACCAUUAAAGGGAUUAUUGGUCUAAUAAUGUCUCAAAUUGAUGAGGAUAAUCAGAAAGAUGUGAUUUCUCUUGGAAUGGGAGAUCCAACUGCGUUUUCAUGCUUUACAACAAGUUAUGUAGCAGAGGAAGCUGUAGCUCGUACAUUAUCAUCUGCUAAGUUCAAUGGUUAUGCUCCCACUCAAGGUCUUCCACAAACAAGAAUGGCAAUUGCUGAUUACUUGUCUCGUGAUUUGCCAUACAAAUUAACAAAAGAUGAUGUUUUUGUGACAUCUGGGUGCACAAAUGCGAUAGACAUAGCACUGUCUAUGCUAGCUCGGCCAGGUGCCAAUAUAUUGGUGCCAAGACCAGGCUUCCCAAUCUACGAACUAUGUGCUUCUUUUAGGCAAAUUGAGGUUAGGCAUUUCAACCUUUUGCCAACAAAGGCCUGGGAAGUCGACCUUGAUGCUGUUCAGAAUGUUGCAGAUGAUAAAACUGUUGCAAUUGUUGUCAUUAACCCAGGAAAUCCGUGUGGAAAUGUCUACUCUUAUAACCACUUGUUACAGAUUGCAGAGACAGCAAAGAAACUUGGAAUUAUAGUAAUUGCUGAUGAAGUUUAUGGGCAUCUUGCUUUUGGGAAAAACCCAUUUGUGCCAAUGGGAACAUUUGGAUCAGUUGCUCCAGUUCUUACCCUUGGAUCAUUGUCUAAGAGAUGGUUAGUCCCUGGUUGGCGACUUGGUUGGCUUGCUGUAACAGAUCCCACUUCUAUGUUCAAGCAGCCUAAGGUGAUGGAGCGCUUAAAAAAGUAUGUUGAAAUCUAUGGAGGACCCCCAACAUUUGUUCAGGCAGCAGUGCCACAAAUCUUAGAGGAAACAGACGAAAUCUUCUUCAAGAAGAAUAUUAACAUUCUGAAGCAAACAUCAGAUUUAUGUUUUGAGGGUAUAAAUAAGAUCCCCUGCCUCAGUUGUUCCCAAAAGCCAGAGGGUUCCAUGGCUGUUAUGGUAAAGUUGAAUCUUUCUUCAUUGAGUGAUAUAACUGAUGAUAUCGACUUUUGUUUUAAGUUGGCUAAAGAGGAGUCCGUCAUCAUUCUUCCAGGAGUUGCUGUGGGAAUGAAAGAUUGGCUUCGGAUCACCUUUGCUGUUGAGCCUGCUGCUCUUGAUGAAGCAAUACGAAGAUUAAAGUCGUUCUGUCAGAGGCAUGCCCAUCAGUCGGAUUAAAACUCAUUAACUUGAGUUUCUCAUGGGUCUUAUCACUUAUGUUUUGUUAAUAAUUGUUAAUAGAAAAAACAAAAAAAGAGUUAGAAAGAAAAGUUAGGAGCACAAGUGUACACCAAUAAUAUAAUAUAUCACAAUUUGUCCAAGACCAAACUUUUGAAAAAUCAAUGAACUUAACUAAGGAAAAUGCGACAGUGUUCAUGUAAAGCUUAACAUGUUAAGUCUUUUGAGGAGUAGUAUCAAAUAAUGUAAUCAAUUUCUUGUAUGUAGCACUAAUUUAUUGUGGCUUAUUGUGAAUCUCAAAAACAUAUAUUAUACUAUUUAUAGAAUUGAAGUUUAUGGUUUUA